AUGGAUUCAUCGGCACACGGCUCUGCUUCACACAAUCAGCGGCUAACUGUCGGCUUCCUUAUUUCAUUCAUGGCGAUAUGCGCCAAGCGCGCCGGCCGGCUUUCCAAGAAGCUAAAGCCUAAGCAGAACGGCUUAGCUUCCGGCACUCCGAGAUUCUACUCGCCGAAAUCGCCGGGACCGAAGCAGCUCCUGACGACGAUAAGCAACAAGGCGAUCAUGCUCGUACAGCGGAAGAAGCACGGCGACGGAUACGGAAAAGAUGCGGAGGACGAUUACGGGGACGGCGGCGUGUGGCAGAGGUCUAUCCUGAUGGGGGAUAAAUGUCAGCCGUUGGAUUUCUCGGGCGUGAUUUACUACGACAGCAAAGGGAAUCAGCUCGACGAGUUGCCCAUGCGCUCGCCGCGUGCCAGUCCCUUGCCCGGUUACCUCGCUCAGAGAGGGCUUUGA